AGGAAGGGUGUGACUGCCAUCAAUAACGGGGUGAAGAGCCUGCCGAAGGUUGGCCUAGGACCUCUCAUCGCUGGUCAACCCAAUGGACACCGUGCUCUACCGGACUCCAUGAGUAUGGAUGAGAACGAGCUACUGUCGGAGCCCAAGUACCGGGCCUACGUCACUGCGGUAGAGAAAGCCCUCAAGGCCUUCGAGUAUUCAAGCGAAUGGGCCGAUCUUAUCUCGGCGUUGGGCAAGUUGAACAAGGUCUUGCAAACCAACUCUCGAUACCGGAUCAUACCGAAGCGUCUGUUGAUCGGCAAACGCUUGGCUCAGUGUACACACCCUGCCCUCCCUAGCGGUGUUCAUCUCAAGGCAUUAGAAACGUAUGAUCUUAUCUUCAGAUUCAUCGGACCAAAGCUGCUAUGUCAGGAUAUGUUUAUCUACAGCGCAGGCCUAUUCCCUCUCCUGGGCAAUGCCUCUAUGUCGGUCAAGCCAGUUCUCCUCAAUAUAUACGAGGAGCAUUAUCUGCCGUUAGGAGAGCACCUGAAGCCCGCCCUAACUGGUCUUCUUCAGGGCAUCCUUCCAGGUUUAGAGGAAGGUUCGGAUUUCUUUGACAGGUAUUGUAUUGAUCCUACAUGUAGGCCCUGUUGCAGUAGUCUGCAAGCGCAGACUCAUGUUUGA